AUGUAUCACGAUGUUCGAACUCUCGUUGCCAUCUGCAUUCUGUUCUAUGGCAGAGCGUUCAUUCCCACGGCCGAGGCGCACGAUGGAUACAUAUCUUUUGCCACACAGAUGCGUCUGUACCGCCGCCGAUGCCUGCGGCAAGAUGUUCAAAGUUUGGUGAGGCACGGAAACUUGGACCAGACUAUGCAUGACGAGGCAGGCGGCAAAGCUUCACCUAGCUUCAAUGAGGUGUUGAAAACGCGAUACCCGUCGGAAUCCAACAAUACAACGGCAUCCCCACACCACCUGGAGCUGGUAAUGAUGCGGAUGCCUAUUACAUGGCAAGACAUGUUGGCGCCUGCCCGUCCGUACACUCGUGACUUUGGAGGGCUGGGCGGCUGGGGAUGCACACGAGACUCGGGCGAACCAGUCAGUGAUAUUGGUGCUAGCCAAUAUGGAAGCAAAAUGGCGACGUUCCGAGAGAGACUUGAAGACAGCGAAAUUGAAGACUUCUACUGUAGGAUCCUGGAGGAGGGCGAGAGCGCGGGCAAUGGCAGCCAUCGGAGGAUUGGAGACUCCAUGAUCAAGUAG